UUAUAUAUAAAAUCCGUUCGCAUAUUUUCAAAUUCAGUUUAAACGUUCGCGUUGAAGCAACUAAACGCCGCUUAAAAUUAUCGGAUAUUAUUAUAAUUUAUAUUCAUUGACUUUACCAAAUAAUAAAGAGAACAAAAUGAAAAGAAAUAUUGUUCUUACCCUAAUUGUCCUGCUGGCUGUGGCAAUUUUAUUACCCGCCGUUAAGCUGACGCACAGUAUGCCCAUCGAUGAAGACUAUUUAAAUGAUGAUCACAGUGGUGAAUACAAUGGGCGAUUGGAUGAAGAAACCAAAGAACAAGUACGUCAAUGCGAGGAGGAUCAAACUGCCAUGGAAUUGUGUAUGCGCUGUGCAAAAAUAACCAAAUCGACGACAGUUUAUCCACUGUGUUGUGGCAAUGUUGAGGGUGUAAAGGAAUGGUGUUAUGCCUAUGUCUAUUACCGGGUGGAGCCCCAACUGUAGACUAUUGGGAAUAUUUUAAAAGAACAAGACGUUUUGUUUAUAGAUGCUGAAGGAAUGAAACCUAUUUAUUUUUUAAGUUAUUGAAUUGGCUGUGAUAGAACAAAUUUUUUUUAACUAUUAUAUUUAUGAACAAAUAUUAUAUGUAUUAGGUCCACUCUUUAGAAACAUAAGAAAAAGAAAAAUGAGAAAAAGAAAUCCUUAAAAAAAAAAUCCCACAAUAAAACAACGUUUAUUUUUUUGAUAAGUA